GAUCCCGAGGUCUCACUAUUUGAUGUCUUUUUAGGUAAAAUAGUAGGAAAGGGUGCCUUCGGGUCGGUAUAUGUGGCGGUUUUGCCCCAAUUUGGUGACCGCAAAGUGGCCGUAAAGCAAGUGCUUCAGGACCGCCGCUACCGGAACCGAGAGCUGCCACUCAUGCGCUCUUUGAGACACCAAAAUAUUGUCACACUUUUGUACUUCUUUUACCAAGAAGUCACUCAAGAGAAUCAGGUGUGCAUUGAAAACCAUUCAUUUAAACAGUCGGACAAUGUAUUGAAUUUAGUGCUGGAAUAUAUGCCGCAAACGUUGAGCUCAUUGACCGACAAAUACGACCCGCGGUUCGGAGUGCCUGUCCUAACCAUAAAGCUAUGCUUAUAUCAGAUCUUCCGCGCGUUGGCGUACAUCCACUCGAAGGGCAUUUGUCACAGAGAUAUCAAACCAAAUAACCUCCUCUUCGACGCCUCGACGGGUGUCCUCAAAGUCUGUGAUUUCGGAAGUGCCAAACAUUUAGUUAAGAGUCAGACAAACGUCUCGUAUAUUUGCGCCCGUUAUUAUAGGGCACCGGAACUGCUGUUUGGGGCCACCGAUUACACUAAUAGUAUUGAUAUAUGGUCUGUUGGUGUGGUGUUCACUGAACUGCUUUUGGGUGAACCGCUAUUCCACGGGCAGUCGUGUAUCGACCAAUUGGUGCUAAUCAUAAGCAAAUUGGGAACGCCUUCUAAGGACCAGAUUAUGGAACUGAACCAGAAUUAUGUGAAAUACGAUUUGCCGCACAUUAAGCCCCAACCCCUCCAAUCACUCUUUCCGCCCAAAACCCCGUCCGAAGGCAUAGAUCUAAUGUUAAAGAUAUUUGAAUACAAGCCCUCAUUACGUAUCGGUGCCCUCAAUGCGUGCGCCCAUCCCUUCUUCGAUGAACUCCGAGAGCCGGGAAAGAAGUGGACGUUUGACCCGUUCGGCAGAGUUCGCGAUUUGCCCCCACUUUUUGAUUUCACUGAACACGAGCUUACAAUAGAGCCCUCUCUGAACCCGAUUCUCGUCCCGAAGAGACCGGUCGGCGACGGCUCCUCCUCUGACCCCAUGUUCUCACAAACAAAUCACAUUUGAUAACAAUUUUUUGUUUAAUUUUAGUCGUAUUUUGACACUAAACCCAUUGAUUAGGAUAUUUAUUAUGGGUUUGUUUUGCAAUUUAAAAAUCUUAUUUAUUGAUUUGAUAUAUUUUGAACAAACAUUUUAUUUAUUAAUAACAAAAUAUUUGCAAAUAACUGCUCAACGAAAUC